AUGCUGCGGAUCACCGAAAGGCUUUCGCCGCCAACUAAGGUCAGGUUCACUCAGUUCCUCCACCCCGCUCGAGGUCUACGUCGAGUUGUAAUGGUGGAGCAGCAACCCCUCCCCAUGGACGAGUUGCACAAUUUCAUCGACGGCUUCGAGAUGCUCCAGUACGAGUACAUGACAAAGGCAAUGAGCUUGCCCCUCAAGGCUCUGGGAACGACUGCAUGCGUUGGGCCCCUGUUCUGGUGGGACCUGGUCGAGACAAAAAUCAUCUUUAGGAAGACGGACGUCAGAAAACGGGGCAGCACCCGCGGCUGGCAACUGUUCCUGAGCCAUGACAUUGAAGAGAACACCACAACGGGCUUCUAUAAAGGAACCGAGUCCUCAAACAUGACGGAAGUGCUAAGCGUCUUCAAAAACUGUGCUGAUGAUGCUUAUCAUCCGCUGCUGCUGCCGCUGAUAAUUUUUGAGAUAGAGUGCAUGUCACAUACCGAGUUGAAGCAGCGGGAUGUCAGGAAUUGGGUGCGACGUAUCGAAUAUCAGAUCUCCCUGAAGUUUGAAAAUCCAGCAGACGACAGUUACCACCUGGCGGCACUCCAAACGGAGCAACUACGCCGGGAUAUGGUUGAAUGUCAGGCUCAGGCGCUGUGGAAAGCCCCAAAGGAUUAUAUUCGCGUCCUCCAGACGUUCCGUGCCUGUUUGGGAAGAAUGGACUCAGAAAUUCACACGGGGUUGCCAAACACCAAAAAUGUGGCUGAGACACACCGGAAAUUUGCCUCGAGGGUCAAUCUUCUCGAAAAGCGCUUUGAGAACCAGAGUACCUAUGUUGAGACGACUCUGAUGCGGCUUAGCAUGCAGCGAGAUGCACUGGAUAAUCUUAUCGCUAGGCAGGAAAACCGGCUCACUGUUAAGCUCGCUGGAGAACAAAGAGCCCUCGCUUACGCCAGCAAGAGGGACUCAACCGCAAUGAAAGCUCUGUCCUUGAUUGGAGCGAUAUUCCUGCCUGGCGCUUACGUAGCGUCCAUCAUGUCUACGACUUUCUUUGAUUUUCACGAUUCGGCAACCUUGUCGUCAGCUGUCUCACCGAGAUUCUGGCUCUAUUGGGUCGUAGUGAUGCCUUUGACGGCUUGUGUGGUUGCAGUAUGGUUUCUGUGGGAGAGACAGAGAAAGAGGACAACGCACGAGGUAGCGGAAGCUCUUAAGCAACAGGGCGUGAAUGUGGAUCAAAUGGAGGCGGAGGUGCUGGCAGCCAUGCAAGAGAGGAGGAAUUCGAGAGAAGAGCGCUAUGUAUAA